AUGGCAACAAUAACACCAAAUGAUCGAGGAAAAUGUUUUGCAUGUAAUAAAGAAAAACUCAUAUAUUCAUGUGAAGGAUGCUCAAAAAAAUUUUGUUUAAAAGAUUUAACAGAGCAUCGUCAACAGCUGAGUAAACAAUUUGAAGAAAUUGAAAAUGAUCGUAAUGAGCUUCAUCAAACACUUGUUGAACAAAAACAAGAUCUGAAAAAGUUUUCAUUAAUACAGCAAGUUGAUAAAUGGGAAGAAGACUCAAUUCAAAAAAUUAAACAAACAGCCGAAGAAUGUAGGCAAAUAUUAAUUGAACAUAAAAAUAAACAUUUUAUUGAAAUAGAAAAAAAAUUAUCUCAAUUGACUGAACAGUUAAAAGAAAUUCGUCAAGAAAAUGAAUUCAAUGAAAUUGAUUUGGAACAAAUGAAAACAACAUUAGCAACACUAGCAGAAGAACUUGUUCAACCGCCAGAUAUUAAGAUUGAACAAGAUUCUACAUCAUUUAUAAACAAAAUUUCAAUUUUUGUAUCAUCUGCAUCAGGUGACCAAGCGAAGGACACACCUAAUAUUGUUGGCGGUCGAAUGCAGGUAACCAAUAUUGACUCCACGCAAAAAUGGAUAACAAAAAACGAAUGGGGUGAGAAAUCGGCAUACGAAGUCGUGAUCUCUGAUUCAUAUAACUGCUCUGUAGAGUACGGAGAGGGAUAUCAAUAUACAUCCUUGUACUUCGAUCGGCCCGUGCAAAAUUUAUGCGUGUGAAAAUUGUAUUAUCUCCGUGAAGACUCUUUAUUAUUUAUUAUUGGUUUUUUGUAAUCAUUUCGUAUUAAUUACAAACAACAUUUGACACCAUUCGAAAAAUACGCUGAUAGUAUGUGAGACAGGGCUCCCCGCAUGGAAUCGGAUGGAACAAUUUUCUUCUUUUGUUCUUAUGAAAAAAUCCAAGGUUUUUUUUGUUGAAAGAUGGUUACAACAAGAUACUUUAUAGGAUCGCUGAAUAAUAGAAUUUAUUACAUCAUCAGUCUUGGUCUUAUCCUUCAAUAUAAAUACGUUCAUUGCACACUUUCUUAUGCUAUUUUUUAUGAAAAAAUUUUAAAUCUUUUUUCAGAAGUUUGAACAAUGAAACCUAAAACUAUAGUUUUAUUUUUUAACACACUCUUCCGUAGCUAUUGAUUAUAUGGAUAAAAAGGCAUUACUAUAAAGAGUCUUUAGUUCAAAUCAAUUUUCAACAUAAUUUUUUAUAAGUUUUGAUUUAAAAUGAAGUAAUUGGUGGGGUGUGGGUGUGUGGUGUGGAUGUGGGGUGUAGGUGUAGGUGUGGGUGUGAGGAAGAUAGCAAUACACACCCACACCCACACCCCACCCCACAUCCACACCCUCAGUUUGAAGCUAAUAAUUCAUUGACAAUUGUUCAAAUUUAUGAUCAUUUCUAUUAGUUUAGAUUAACUAAAUUUUGAAUACUAUUAGAAUAAAUGAAUCUUUUUUUCGAUACACUGAAUUCAGAGAUGAUUAAGAAAAUAACUUGCAUUACACGAAAUAACAAAUAUUUGGUUGUCUUUUAUGAACUAUAAUGGAGUUGCUUUUGCGGUAAGUAAGAAACUUUGAGCAGUGCAUCUUUCAAGCAUAAGGAAUCGUUGCAUCUUGUAAAGAGAUAUUUGAUGAAUAUGUGAUCAUCUCUCUGUUUUCACUAAAUUGUAUUUGUGACUUUGUUUUUCUAUACAAGAUUGUUGUCAGUUCUAUGUACGAUAAUAAUCAUCUGUAUUUUCUACUGUGGAUAUACGUAUAUAAACAAUCCUGAACAUAACUAUCUCUCUAAGAGAUAUGAAACAUGUCGGUGAAAUAAGUUUGCAUCGUUAUAAUCAUUCUUUGUACAGAGUAUAUUAGUUUAUGUUUGACUUGGACAAAGAUUGAUUGCUGAAAAUUAAUUUUUCGAGCUAAAAUAAAAGAUCACAACAUCUUGAACAUCGUCUCAUCUCAAUAAUACCAAUAUCGGAUUUAUAUAUGGAAAAAUUAAAGUCGAAGUUUAAAAACCAAAUGACGAUUCGAUUUGAGGUUGUUGCCUUGGAGGAUUAUCUUUCCGCGUGGUACCUUCGGACAGCCAAUCAUCCUUGAGAAUCAAUGAGUACGGAUAUACGCGAUUGUUAUCUUCCAAUGUACAGUUCAGAAAAACUUUUGAUGAACAAUUUAGUAUGCUGCUAAGGACCAACGUAAGUUGGUGCCAAUUGAAAAAGGCAGCGCUCAAAAGUGUGACACUAAAUAGAAAAGGAAAAUCUCAUAGCAUGCAACACUUGAAAAGCAAUUAAUAAUUCGUGUAUAAGGCGUUUGUAGAACGGUGAUCUAGAGGCAGAGUGGAAGGUACGAAUUUUCGAUAGAUCCAAAUAUUAUUUUGUACAAAUCGGAUAAAUUAAGCAUGUUGUUAUUGAAUUACUACGAUUCAUAGAUUGAUUUCGAAUCUUUCCAGAACAUUUCAUGAUGAAUUAUAUUUCGUCGGGAUAUAGUUGCUGCAAUCGAUGAUUAUGAGAAGCGCAAAAAAUCAUAUACAAUCAGAUCCAAUCUUGUGAGAAUUCAUUUCAAUUGUUUGAUGCUCAUGCAGUUUAUAUUUUGUCUAUGACUAGAAUUUCAUUAGACUAAAAGAAUCUAUAAGAAAAACCUCUCUAUAUACGAUCUUUUCAAGAGUAUAUCCAUUUUGUUGAGUUUUCGAUCUCUAGAAAAGUAUUCUGGAGUGAGAAAGUCAGUCAUGAAAUUGUACUCUGAAACUUUUGUUCAUUAGAAUUUCGAAAGUUUUGGCAAAAAUAAAUCUUUUCUUUAUAAGAUAUUGAAUAUGAGAAGAACUUGAUUAUUUAGUCUUUCUCUGUGGCAUAUAAUCGUUAUUUGAACAUUCAAUAUCCUGAGAAGAGUAAAGUAUUGCACUUCACUUGCAUUGCACUCGUGCUACUUCUGUAUUGGAAAGUACUGAAGUCAUGCUUUUUGUGUACUCAAAAAGUGAGUACACUCUAGAAUCGGUCAGUGUGUCCGGCCGGCCGGCCGUUAGCACGAUAACUUUCGAAAGGAGAGUCCGAUCGCGAUGAAAUUUUCUACACAGUUUAGUCUUAAAAAUAUCUCGGUUGAGUUCGAAGAUGAGAAUGAUUGGCCGAACCAUUGCUGAGUUAUAGCAAAAAUAGUCAUUUUUCCCUAUGAGAAGAUAGACCCUUCUCUACUUUCAUAAAAAACUUUUCCUAUCAUAGUCAUAUAAAACUCCAACUAUUAUAUGCCAUUCGAUAGAGAAUUUCACGAGCUACAAAAUGGUAUAUAAAACAUAAAGAAACAAGAAAGCUAACUCGCCUAUUGCAAAGAUAAUUAAUCGGAAUUCGGUUCUACUUUUGUCCGCGCUCUAUGUGAUCCACAAUUAGAGCUCUAUCUUCCCAUCACAGCGAUGAUAGUUCGAGGUUUUCUAGAAUGGAGAAAUUGAAUCUAUGUUCCAUUCGCCUCGAAAUCCCAUUGGUUGAGCAGUGACCAAUAGAAAUGAAGUUAUAGGAAAAACGAGUUUCUUAGGGUAAAUCAAGGUGAAGAGUUCAAAUCUGAGCUGUAUUUGCCUCCAAAUCGUAUCGGCUGAGCAAUAGCCAAUAGAAAUUAAGUGUUUACAGGACGGGUUUGCCAGGACAAUUUUGAUGUCCACACAUUCUAGGGUGACUCAUCUGUCUCAUUCACUUUUUCCUGUACCAAUAUUGACCUAUUCCGAGGAGGGGGGAUUCACUUGCAUAUCAUUUUCAUUAAAUGGCUUCGUUAUCAAAACGAUGCUCCUAUAUGAUCAUUCGUGAUAUCACUCUAUUUGAAUCUACUUUCACCAUUCAUAACAAGCUCAUACCUAGAAAUUUGUGAGAAAUUAUAGCUGACAAUUUAUGAUUCAAUAAUCUAGAUCCUAAAUUUUUACACUCACUUCGUGCAUUCAAAGUACAGUGUUCUCUUAAAGAAUAUCGAUUUAUUAAAUUAGAUGACAAGAUCGAUGUAAAUUGUGAACUAAAUCAAUAUUUCGCUUCUUUAUUGAAACAACAUGAUGAUCUCUUUCAUAUUAUUCGUCCUAUAAGUCUUAUAAUAUUAUCAAUUUUCAAUUUCAACCAAAAAUACUUGGUAAAACUAACAUAAAAUAUCUUGAUACAUUCAAUAAUGAAGUGUUGCUAAUAUGUAACUAUUAGGAAUU